ACCGCGUACCAUCUGCUCAGGCCUAUGCCGUCUCGGGCACUCCUCUCGGCUCACGCUCCUUCCUGCGCUUCGAUUUGUGCUUCUAUGUGGCCUUAAUGACCGGUUAAUCUUAUGUUUCCUCGAGUUGAUUAGGGUAGAACUAGAAAAGAUGAUACUGGAUUACAUUUGCAUCUAACAUGCUUCUUCUCAUGAGAAUUGUACAACUGAAUCUGCUAGUUACAGUUCAUCUACGGUACUGCAGACUUGUUGCAGUUCUCGCUUUGACAAUUUACAUGAAUUUUUUUUUUUUUUGAGUUUGUACAAUUUAUACAUGGUUAAAUUAACAAUGUGUUGACCACUGAAGUUAGAGUGAAUAUUUACGUGUCACUUGUUCAUUUCCUUGGAGUAUAUGUUGACUUGACCUCAUGUAUGUGGUGAAUGUGAGCCCAAUUUUUGAAUUAAAACCCGACGAAUGUAAGCUUUUGAAUUAAGAUCGGUCGGCGACCAAAUGUACGGGACAAUCAUUCGGUCAUUUAACCAUGAACAAACAUAUCACUCUACUGCCGCUUUAGUCCUCUUAAAAAAUUGGUCACAUAAUGCCCCCUGUUAGUGGUCAAAAUGUACAUGACUGUCAUAUUAGGAAACAAAUUUAGACCUAGUGUCAAAUAAGGAAAAAUAAUAAUUUCCAGGGCCAAAUACGGAAAUCAUAUUUUGUUUUACCGUCAAAUAAAGAAUUUUAUCAAUACUUAUAUCGGAAUUCUCCAUAUUAGAAAGGCUAGGACCGUCCACACUCCACAGAGCCGCCUCCAUUCCCAAAUUCUACUACUGCCUUACCACCCUGAACCCUAGAUCUAUCGCGGUUCCCUACCUCCAACUCCAUUCCCCAGCGCCGGGGACGGCGGUGAUCGAUGGCCUGACUCCAUAUGUACCCGCCAUCCAUGGAGAAGGUCGCUGCAGCGUCGGCACCAGCGUCCGAUGACGAUCUCAUCAGCCACCUCCCCGACGCCAUCCUCGGCACCAUCAUCUCCCUCCUCCCAACAAAGGACGGUGGCCGCACGCAGGUACUCUCUCGCCGAUGGCGCCCCCUCUGGCGGUCCGCGCCUCUCAACCUUGACAUCCUCACCUGGAUCCCACAUGUCCCCAUCUCCGUCCUCGCCUCCGCCAUCUCCCAAAUACUAUCCCAGCACCCUGGCCCCACCCGGCGAUUCUCCUUCCCCUGCCGCCACCUCGGGUUCUCUGCUGAGGUGGAGAGCUGGUUCCACUCCUGGUUCCACUCCAGAGCACUAGCCAAUCUCCAGGAGCUCAAUAUCAUCUACACCGAUGGAGUACUGCCACCAUUCGUGCUGUGCUCUGCAUCCACCCUCCUCGUUGCCAAAAUCAGCUAUUGUCAUUUCCCCCAUGAGAUCGUGUCACCUAUGAAUUUCCCCCUCCUCAAGAAUCUCUCAUUGUUUAACGUUUCCAUCUCGGAGGAAGUCUUCUAUUUACUGAUCUCUAGCUGCCAUGCCUUGGAGGGUUUAUUCAUAAAAGGAGUUAAGUCUACGGGUUGCCUCCGUGUUAGCUCGCCGACUCUUAGGAGCAUCGGUGCCUCCAGCAGCCCACAUAAGAUGGAAGAAUUGGUCAUUGAGGAUGCUCCUUGCCUUGAAAGGAUACUAUUGCCUUACCACUUGGAUCGUUUGACUAUCCGGGUAGUUAGAGCACCUAAGCUUGAGAUAUUGGGCCCUUACUCACUGAUACAGAUCUUCCAGGGAAUGAGCCUAGUCAGCUCGGAAAACUCAAUACACACCUUGAAGGUUCUGGCUCUCAAAUCUUCUGGCCGUGAAUUGCAAACGGUUCUUAAGUUCCUCAGGGGGUUCCCCUGUUUGGAACGGCUCUACGUCAUUUUUCACAAGCACCAUGGGAUGGAUAAGAAAGAUGAGCCUCAGUAUGACCCACUGCAUCCAAUUGAAUGCCUUGAGACCCAUCUGAAAAAAGUGGUGUUUAAGUCAUUCGUAGGCAAUGAUAAACAAAUUGAUUUUGCGAGGUUCUUUGUUUUGAAUGCAAAAGUGCUGAACAAAAUUGAAUUUGAAGGAUACUGUCACUACAACAAUCAAUCAGUUGCUUAUCAACACAAGCUGCUACAAGUGGAAAAUAGAGCUUCUCGGGAUGCUCGGAUUGAAUUCAAGUAUACUCCGGACCCUGAGCAUUACGGUCGUACUAAUCUCGACAAGCAUAUCCAUGAUUUGUCAGUGGCCGACCCCUUCAGACAGUGGUUGACGCGUUGAAGAUUGCACUAUCAUGUGCUUAUUUUGUAGACAGUGGCUUGAAGAUUACUUUGUCUUCGCAUAAGUCUGGUCUACUCCUAGUUUAUAGUUCCUCUGUAAUUCCAGUAUCUUACAAAGUUACCCCAGUUUAAACUGCAAACAAAAUAUUGGAUGCAUAUUACUGCCGACAUUCUUAGAAAGAGAGAGUUGGUAAGUGGUAGCCCCAUCUGCCGAUACUCCUCCUACUGUCUUAUCAUUUGCAAUUAUGGUUAGUUCUGCCUAAACUGGGCUAGAAAGACAUGGCUUGUGUUGAAAACUUGAAAUCUUGAUUGUCUUUUCAGUUUUAUACAAAAGCAUGAGUUGUUUAAUUGCUGA